GCUUUGGGAAAUUCUAUGACUAGGAAUUGAGAUUGAGCUCUAAAAGGAAAUGUGUAUGAGAUUCUAUAAAGAUGGCACUUCAGGUCAUAUGCAUCGUUUUAUGUUUUUGUGACGAUUUAUUUGAAUAGAAACUUGCAGAGAUGAGUUCUUUGCUGUGGUAGAAGAUAUUGGGCCUGGCAUGUCCAAAGCACCUACUUGGGUAGGGCAGGCCAUGGUUGGGUUGAUCAACUGGCCAGCCAACCUCACCUGCUUAAAAGCUGAGCUGCUGACUUUAGGGCUCUCAUACGUGAUACAAUCGAUAUGUGCCUAUACAGGGCCCGGCAGCUAUAUUUAAAAUCAUGUGUGUCAGACUUCCAUCUGCCAUAGCCCUAGAGGAAUGAUUAGGUGUAAAGCAUAGUAGGUAGCUAUUCAAGUCAAUCAUAUAAUCCUAGGGCUCAAUCCUAGACAUGCGGUGAAAACUAAGAAGCUGGAGUAUGGUAGGGGCAGUGGAAAUUUUUAGAGUGGUGAAAUGUAUAGAGAUCGGAAUGAGCAUGAAUUGUGAAGGCAUUUGUUGGGCCAACGCUGACACCAAGAGACAAAAGCUAGGGGAGAUGUGUGGAAUGUUGCCAACACAUUUUAUUUAUAUACAUGCAGCAAGUGUGCGUUCGCUUUAGUGGUAGAGAUGUGUGGAAUGUGGCCAAAAGUCUUGGGUUCAAGCCUUCCUAAUACUUUUUAUUUAUUUAUUUUUAUUUUUUAAUGAGUCGGUUGGCUUGUGCUGUGCUUGGGCUUAAGAAUUUGGUUAAAGGUAGGGGCUGGUCAUCUCACUUUGGGUCAUAGGUUCGGCUCAUGCCUAGCUUCUAGGCCCAUUUAUUGAUUGGAUUGGGCUCGGGCUGACCUUAUCUUGAUUACAACCCUACAAUUGGACCCUGAAAUUUCUUGUGUUUGCUUAUUAUAUUUCAAUUUUGGACCAUACGUUGCUGUCCUUUGUUUCUGGACUUAAGAUUGAGAAAUGGAUUCUAAGCUCGUAAAUACGUUGUUUCAACUUAAAAUGUACAACCCUUUAUAAACUGACACUGUAUUAGAUUGAGAUAUAUAUCAAAAAAAAAAAAAAGGCAUGAGGUAUAUAGCAUUUGACUGGUCUCUCUGACUUCUUGUCUCAGUGUCGACUUUUGGAGCUGUUUUGGACAUGGUAACAGACAGGGUCAGCACUGUUUGUCUAUUGGCAAUCCUCGCGCACUUUUAUAGACCUGCCAUGCUUUUCUUGUCAUUGCUUGCCUUGGAUAUUUCCAGCCAUUGGUUGCAAAUGUACAGUACUUUCCUUGCAGGCAAGGCUAGUCACAAAGAUGUAAAAGACAGCACUAACUGGCUUUUGAAGACAUACUAUGGACACCGUUUAUUCAUGGCUUACUGCUGUGUGGGAACUGAGGUUCUUUACAUCAUCCUUUUCCUCCUUGCUGAGAACCAUUCAGAAAAUCUUGUUGAUGUUUUGGUGAAGUCUGUGAAAUCAAGCUCUUUGCUCUUAUUUCUAGUCACAUUAGCUCUGUUUGGGUGGAUGAUCAAACAAGCAGUCAACAUCAUACAGAUGAAAACAGCUGCAGAUGUGUGUGUGCUCUGUGAUGUGAACAGAAGGAAGAGACCCUGAUAUUCCUGACUACGAGCCCAGGUUUCUAUGACCUCGUGUAUUCAUACUUAGAUGUUUUACUCAAAAAUGAAUUCAGCUAGUGUUUUAAAUUCUCUCAGAGAAAAAAAAAUAAAAUAAAAUAAUUCAGCUAAUUGGUGGGUUUAAUUUUGAAUUAUAUAGGUACUAUUUUUGCAUUUUCACCAUUGGUGUAGCCCAAACCAGUUUUCUGUCUGGCUGAUUUUUGUAUGUAUGGUUUAAGUAAGAUUUCUCACCUAAUGGAUUGAAUAGAUUUACAUAUACAACAUAGUGAGCCUCAUA